CUCCAUCAUUCAACCCUCAACUUUCCUCUCUUCAACAUUCUGCAUCAUACGAACCGGGCACUCUCCAUCCAUUCACCGCAUCCGCCGCAAUAAUCCGAUACCAACCAUCUUUACAUACACAUUCAAACAACCGCAACCAUGCCACGCGCGGAGAUGGGAAGCCAGAAACAACUGGCGAACGCUAUGAAGUCAAAAGGCCUACAGAGAUUGCGAUGGUACUGUCAGCCCUGCCAAAAGCAGUGCCGCGAUGCCAACGGCUACAAGUGCCACACUCAAAGCCCCUCACAUGUUCGUCAGAUGCAACUCAUCGGCGAAGAUCCGAACAAACACAUCGGGGGCUUCAGUAACGACUUCCAAAGAGAUUUCAUUUCACUGCUUCGAACAGCCCAUGGCGAGAAAUACAUCGGAGUGAACCGCUUUUAUCAAGAAUACAUUCGGGACAAGGAACACGUACAUAUGAAUGCGACCAAGUGGUCGAGCUUGACCGAGUUCGCAAAACACCUUGGACGCGAGGGCAUCGUCAACGUGAAAGAGGACGAGAAGGACGGCUUGAUGAUCGCUUGGCGUGAUACCAGCGUUGAGGCAGUUCGGAGACGCGAGGACAUUCGCCACAAGGAGGCCGCAGAGAUGAAGAACAGUGCAGGCGAAGACAAGAUGCUCGAAAGGAUGGCAAAGCGAGCACGCCAGGAAGCAGAGGCUAAGGCUAAGACUAAAGCUGCGCAAGCCAACUUCGUGGAGAGGAAGGAUUCAGGGUCGCCAGCUGCAGGCGCGAAUCAGUCAGAAACACCAGAGGACAAGCCUGGUAGCGAGACUACCCCAAAAUCCCAAGACGAGAACACUGCAGAAGAAGCCCAACCCACACCCGCCGUCACUGCUCCAGUAAAAAUCAGCUUUGGUAUGAAAACAAAAGUGGCUCCCACCCAAAAAGCAGGCCUAGGUCAGAUGAAAAGCCAGAGCAUCUUCAAGAGAGCGCGCACAGAGAAUACUGAAGCGAAGCCCGUCAAAAAGGUCAAGCUGUAGGAAGGUUCAACUUACAACAUGGCAUGGCUGCAUAACGUGGAGUUCAGGUCGUGGGAACCCUAGAGAUUAGCUACAUGUGUUUUUUUGGGGUGUUCACGGAUUAUAUCAACUUGGGUGCAUCUCAUGAAUGGGUUUUGUUUGGGAGUUUUUAUGAUGAAAUAGCAGCAUAAGAGAUACCCUUCAUCAUAUGAAUACAUUCUGUCCUAGAACGUUUAACAAAUGUUGUCCACAGAUAGUUUUUAAUGCAUUAAAAUCAUACUAU